AAUCUAUCAUAACCUCAAUCACACAUAGGUUCUUCUAUAGUUCUAUUUCAAAUGAAUUCAAAGUCCUUUUAAAGAGUUUUGUACAGAAAAUUGUAGUGAAUAGUUUCUUGUUAGCUAAGUAAAAUGGAGAAGAAUAUUAUUACAAUGUGGGCUAUUCUAGCUCUAUUUAUGGUACUUGCUAUAUUAAGCUUUACUACUGAUGCAUCUGAUCCUGAUCCUCUUCAGGAUUUUUGUGUGGCUACUGAAGUCCCUGAAUUUGAAGUUUUCGUGAAUGGAAAGUUUUGCAAGAAUCCUAAGAAGGUGACAGCCGACGAUUUCUUUUACAAAGGGUUUAAUAUACCUGGCGAAAUAAAGAUUCCUCAAGGAGCAGUAGUCACUAUGGUAAACUAUAAAAAUCUUCCAGGACUUAACACACAAGGUAUAUCGAUAGCUCGUGCAGACUACGCACCCUUCGGCGUAAACGCCCCUCAUGAACAUCCUCGUGCCACCGAGGUUUUUGCUGUGGUGAAGGGAUCUUUCUAUGCCGGUUUUGUGACCACCGAUAACAAGCUCUAUGAUAAAAUUUUGAAUGAGGGCGAUGCUAUGGUCUUCCCUCGAAGUCUAUACCACUUUCAACUUAAUCUUGGUGACACUAAUGCUUUUGCCUUUGUCGCCUUUAAUAGCCAAAAUCCAGCACGAGCUGAUGUUGCUCGUGGUGUAUUUGGAGCUAAGGGUGUGUUUGGAACAACGCCGAAAAUUUAUGAUGAUGUUCUUAGCAAGACUUUUCUAGUUGAUAAGACCGUGAUUGAACAGAUUCAAUCUCAAAUUUUGAGUAUCAACGUAUAAGCCCGUUUCAAUCGACACCACAAGAUCAUCAAUGACUCAAUGCUAGUUGAUAAUACGGCUCUUGAUAAUAAGUACUUAUAUGAUUAAUGCCUAGAUUAUGGUCUGAAUAGUGGAGGACUACUAUGUCACGCUACUUAUUAUUUAUUUAUGUGUGUUGUACGAAGUUUAGACUUUAGAUCUUGGUUUAAAUAAAAGACAACUAUGUUAUUAUCUUGCUUUAAUUUAUUUUAAUAAAAUUUCUGCUUGUGUAAUUUAAGGAUAGUUGAAUGGACUAUUACAAUAAUGUCAUUAUGUUUUAAUUUAUGUUCAGUCUAUCUCAAUGAUUUGUAGCUUGUAUGUAAUUGCACGUAACUUUGUAUGAGUGCAUGCUUCGAAUAAGGGCUAGCCAAUUAUUUCCCAAA